AUGGAGUCCGACAAUCUGAAAUACCAAGGGAGAUGCAAGGAGUUUGGAAACGGGUGCACGUGGUUGAUUCGGAUAGUCAUGCGGAAAAGGAAGAGCACAUGGGAAGUUAGGAGGUACAACGGUCCGCACACGUGUAUGGCCACAUCGAUAUCAAGCGACCACAAGCAGCUUGAUUAUCAUGUCAUAUGUGCGAGAAUCUAUCCAUUGGUUCGAGCUGAUGCGUCGGUGUCUAUUAAGGUGUUGCAAGAGGCAACGGAGGCGACUUAUGGAUUCAGGCCUAGUUAUCGGAAGGUGUGGUUGGCGAAGCAGAAGGCAGUAGCGCAAAUAUAUGGCGAUUGGGAGGAGUCAUAUGCUGAUCUGCCUCGGUGGAUCCUUGGGGUCACAUGCACGAUGGAAGGUUCCAUUGCUCUACUAAAGACGUCCCCGGUUAGGGUGGGUGACCAAGUUGACGAAGAUAGAGUCUUCUUUCAUCGGAUGUUUUGGACAUUCCCUCCGUGUAUUGAGACUUUCCGUCACUGUAAGCCGCUGAUAAGCAUAGAUGGCACACACCUAUAUGGCAAGUAUGGGGGGACAUUGUUGUUGGCAAUCGCACAGGAUGGUAACUCGAAUAUUUUGCCUGUUGCGUUUGCACUCGUGGAGGGGGAGAAUGCAGAGUCUUGGUCAUACUUUCUUUCGAACCUUAGAAGGCAUGUCACUCCACAGCAAGGUAUUCUCGUGAUCUCUGAUAGACACAACGGCAUCAAGGCUGCACUAGAGUCCCCCGAUAGUGGUUGGCAACCUCCCCAGGCUUAUCGGGCAUUUUGUAUUCGGCAUGUUGCUGCAAAUUUUGCCCUCACUUUCAAGGGACAGGAUGCGAGGAGGUGGCUGGUAAAUGCCGCGUAUGCGAAGACGGAAGCAGAAUUUGACUAUUGGUUUGAUAUAAUGAGGACGGAGAACCCAGCCAUGUGCGAUUGGGCAAACAGAAUGGAGUACGAGAGGUGGACACAGCACAAGGAUGGGGGGAGAAGAUAUGGCCACAUGACGACCAACAUUUCUGAGUGUGUGAACUCUGUCUUGAAGGGCACGAGAAACCUACCGGUGACGUCUCUGGUUAAGUCGACAUAUCUCCGGCUGGCCGAGUUGUUUGUUGUCCGGGGGCAGACGGCAGAGGCACAGUUAGGGUCCGGGCACCGGUUUUCACAGGCAGUAGUUAAGGCUAUUGAGCGUAAUCUGGAGGAUUCGAGGUGCUUCACGGUGACUGUGUUUGAUAGACAUCACCUUGACUAUACGGUGGCUGAGACGACGCCCACCGGCAAAUUCUCCUUGGUCGGUCACCCUCCAUGUAUGUCUCAAACUCACCAAGGCAACCACUCACAGCCUCUCCAUCCACAGGCAGCCCUAGCUAAAAUGCCACGUCCUGCAAUGUCACUGAGCAUUCUCCGAAAGGCAUGUGGAACGUAUGCGUCUUAG